GCUCGCGCCUCCCCGCCUGCUUUACACCGGAGAGGCAGUGCGAUCCUCAGCAGUGUUCUGAGACUGCACUUUACUACUCCGACUCGUUCAUCGGAAAUUAUUUUCAAUCCAGAGCAUGGACAUUUUUCGAGAAUAAAUAACGACAACUGCUGGAGUUGGAUACUGACGAGUUUUACGCGUCAAACUUUUCUACCCUAGAGUUUUAUGAACUGCACGGUUUUAGCGCUUCGGACGGGAAUUAACAACCAUGGCUUCUGAAAAAGAGAAGAAGAGGCAUCCUUCAGAACGGCGGAAAGAGAAAUCGCGAGAUGCAGCACGCUGCAGGAGGAGUAAGGAGACGGAGGUGUUUUAUGAGCUGGCACAUCAGCUGCCUCUGCCUCACAGCAUCCGCACACACCUGGACAAAGCGUCCAUCAUGAGGCUGACCAUCAGCUUCCUCCGUACACGCAAACUGCUCACAUCAGCAUGCUUAAGCAGACAGGUGAAGGACACACAGAUGGACAAUCUGUAUCUGAAGACUCUGCAAGGCUUCAUUGCUGUGGUGACAUCAGAAGGCGACAUGAUCUUCCUCUCAGAGAACAUCAGUAAAUUCAUGGGUCUCACACAGGUGGAAUUAACAGGACACAGCAUUUUUGAUUUCACACACCCCUGUGAUCAUGAGGAAAUCCGAGAAAACCUCGCAGUCAAAGCGGGUGCAUCGUAUGGCAGGAGACAUAAGGAGCUGAGCACCGAGAGAGAUUUCUUUAUGAGGAUGAAGUGCACUGUCACCAACAGAGGACGCACGGUCAACCUUAAAUCAGCCAGCUGGAAGGUGUUGCACUGCACAGGGCAUUUAAAGAUAUACCCCAGCCGCCCCCCUCACGUUUUGUGUGGGUUUGCUGAGCCCCCACUGACUUGCCUGGUAGUGCUAUGUGAACCCAUCCCUCAUCCGUCCAGUGUGGAAACACCGAUUGACGGCAAGACCUUCAUGAGUCGACACAGCAUGGACUUGAAGUUCACCUAUUGUGAUGAGAGUGUGAGAAAUCUGAUGGGCUACACACCAGAGGACUUAAUAGGGCGCUCAGUCUAUGACUUCUACCAUGCACUGGAUGUGGACAACAUGACUAAGAGCCACCAGAACUUGUGUGCUAAGGGCCAGGUGGUGAGUGGUCACUAUCGGAUGUUGGCUAAGCAUGGUGGUUUCGUAUGGUUGGAGACGCACAGCACGGUCAUCUAUAACAGCCGAAACUCUCAGCCACAAUGCAUCGUGUGCAUCAACUACGUAUUAAGUGGCGUCGAAGAGAAGUCCAUUGUGCUUUCCAUGGACCAAAUGGAGUCAUUGUUCAAACCCCGAAACAUGCUGGUCACCAGUGAACUCUUCUCAGAAACACCUAACAUGCUCUUUCCCAAACUCAAGGAGGAACCUGAAGAGAUCCCACAACUCGUGCCAACACCAGGAGAAGCGAUCAUUGCCCUGGACUUUGGAAGUCCAGAGUUUGAAGCUUCUGCUACAUUCUCCCUUCUCAAAUCUCCCAGUCAGGCUUCAGUCAAUAAGCUGUGGGAGAUGGAGUCUCCACACCAUAGUUCUGACAGCAGAGCUUCAUCCAGCUCAACUCCAACCCUGAGCAACAGCAGCAGCUCCACUCCUGAUAGCACAGCACGAGGUUACUAUGGUGGUCAAGAGACUGAGCUGAAAGUUGAGCUGACAGAACGGCUUUUUGCGCAGGACAGUGACAAUGAACAGUGGGACUUCAGUGAUCUGGAUCUGGAGACUUUGGCUCCUUACAUCCCCAUGGAUGGCGAGGACUUCCAGCUCAACCCCAUUGCUCAGGACGAGUCCUUAUCGGAGUCCAGCUCAAGCCUUUGCGCUCAGCCUCAAUAUACAUUCAGCAAUGUGACGAGUCUCUUCCAGCCUUUGGCCCCCCUCACCUCAGAACACAAGAACUGCCCAGGGCCUUACCCGGAGAUACCGCUCGUUCCUCCUUACCAGGCUCCUCCAAAUAUCCCGCACUCAUGCAGAGCAGGCAUGUGCCUUGAUCAGAUUACUCUGCCUAACAGUUUCAAACGCAAGAGACAGGAUGAAUUUGGUUCUUCCUGCUCGUUUCCAGAUAUUCCUCGGUCUAUUAAGCAGGAUGGAAUCAGUCGCAGUGAGUCAGUAGACAACAUGUGGAAGAGAAUGAAGCCUGCAAACACAGAUGGGUGUGCCUUUUCUACCAGGAAGCCCCCUGAUCCCAGAGACCCUUUCUCAGCUGGGCAAGUAGGCAAGCGUUCUCAUCCUGUUUGUUGUCGGCCUCCUCCAGAUCCCCGGAUCUCUGGAGAGCUCAAACAGCCUUUCACUGAGCGCUUUUGCUCUUCAGCGUACAGUCAGUACAGCAUGCCACUUUCCGGUAAACUCACAGGGAUCACAAAUCGAUUGAUAGGCCCCUCCUUUGACCCCUACUGGCUGGCGGAGCUGACACAAUAUGACUGUGAUGUGAACGUGCCGCUGCAGGGAAAUCUUCACCUGCUGCAGGGCAUUGAUCUGCUCAAAGCUUUAGAUCAGUCCACAUAGACUGAAAUAUUUAAGUUUCACCCAGUCUGGGUCUCUCUGAUCAUUCUGUGCCUACUACAGCCAUGCCUUUUAUAUAAUGGUUGCCUUUCCAGUCACAUAUCUACAAUUAGAGAAUACAAUAUUCAUAACAUAACUGUUUCUGCUACAGACAUAUAAAUAUGAGCUUUAUGAAAUGUACAUUUUAUUGAUUAUGUAAGAAUUGCUUCUACCUUAUACGCUGUUAAUACCAGUUAAUAAUGUAUAACUUUACCUGCUUUUGUUUUGGUAUUGCAAUUUCUGCUCACAUUCAGACCUGUUAUACUGAGAGUAAUUUGUUUUAGAUGGUAUAGAUUAAUAUUGGUAUUACUGGUGCAAUUUUCUCUUUUACAUAUAUAUGAAACAUUGUAUAUUAGAUGUUCUCAAGCCAGAUUUGAUGUCACAAAGCGAAAUGCAGUUAUUUAGGAGGAACUAAAACAUUUUUGUUUAGGUUUGGGGUAAAAAAAUAUAUAUAUAUAUAUAUAUAUAUAUAUAUUACACUGAAAUAUUCUAUGUGCAAAAAUGUUUGGAAAUUCCAAUCAUUGUGUUUUGUGAUUUGGAUCAUCUGUAAAAUACCCUUUUUCUUGCAUCUUAUAUUUGUUUCCGUCGCUCUUUCAUCUUCCCCAAUCUACCUAAUCAGCUGUGAUGCUAUAUGUUUCAUAUCUUUUCUCUACAUCAUGUGAAGCACUUUAUUUUCAAAGAGCAUUAAAAUGGACCCUUUUUUUUCAUUGACCAAAUACAAGAGGACUUAAAAUUACCUUCGCAAGUGAUGCUUUCAGUUCUUAGCAUCUCUUCAACCACAUCCUACUUUACCCUGCACCAGCCAGCUUCUCAUAAUUUUCUGCCUUAUCCUUCCCACCAGCAUCACCUACACUUUAUUCUAACAACAACGGUUAAAGAUUAAUGUUAAAUAUAUACUUAUAUAGAUAUGUGCAGUGUCUGUACGUGGUGCUGAUCAGUGCCUAGGUACCUUAAUUUGUGUACUCUAGUACAAACUGUAGGUUUAUUAUUUGUUUUGCAUUUUUGAUGCCGUUUAAAGUUAAAUGUAUUUUUUUUUUGCAGCUCAAGCUAAUGUACAUAACCUCCAUUAAUACUAUGGAGCUCUUAUAUCUUUUAUUAAUGGACAUCUAAAAAAAAGAUUUCUAUAACUAAAGGUGAUAAACCUGCACAAAACAGUGGCAUAUAGUAAUAAUAAUAGUUUAUUUUUUAACUGUUCCAAUCAAAUUAUGUAGCAGUUCGAUAGUAUUCAAGAUUCAUCAAGAAAUAUAACUGAACAUCUAUUUAACACAGGGCCUUGUAAGCUAUAUUAACUCCUGCACAUUUUAAUGAUGAGCCAUUGUACCUGGUCAGUAUUUAUUUUUCUAAUGAUCCUCAUAUUUCUGAGAAAGCCUUGCUUAAAUGUUGCUGAUGUUUUAAAUGCCUUUUCAUGCGAAUACUGAUCUCCCAGAUAUAAACACUGUAAAACUACACACUAUAGUUGUUUUCAUUAGAUACCUAAGCAGAUUACAUUUAAUCAAUUACUGCCCAGCAUUUUCAAAAGUAAAUGAAUGACGGUUCAUUAAUUUGUAAUUUAUUAAGUGUGUCCAUACACUGCAUAUUUGCUGCCCAUGCAAUUUCUGACUUAUAAAACUAGCUCUGCGUUUAGAACAGACGGGGUAAACCAGUCACUAAGUGAAAACACUUAACUUAUAAUGCAAUGUUACAUAACUGUUCCCUGAAGGGAGAUCCACUGGUGUUUUUUUUCCCCCCUUUUGUUAAGUCAGGAAGCCUAAAAUACGGAAAAAUUAAUCUAACUUUACAUGAUAUUAUGAAUUGCCUACAUAUCAAGAUGUUACUUUCUUGUUUCUUUUACUCCAUGUAAAGAAGCACUUUGUUUGGGCUCUUUUUGGUAAUAAAAGGAGUAGUCAAUAACG